AUGUUUUCCUUUCUACUCUUUCCUUGUCUGCUAGACGCAUCAAUGGGGAGGGAGGUUUCUUGGGCAGAGCUUCCACUUGUCGUGGAUUUAUCCGACGAACUGACACCGUCGAGUCUCCGUCAAGCGCAUUGGUACGUUGACCUGCUUACCAAUCCACCUCCGGCUCCGCACCCCUUCCGUACAUUUCUUAGUGAAGUGGAAGCUAUACGCUUUGCUGCGACCAAGCUGUCUUCCAAACACAGCGUUGACCCCAGUUUGGUAGAUGUUGCUGAAACACCAGUGCAACAAAUGUAUCAGCAGCAACUCCCACCUUUGCAUAGUAACGAGAUUGCUGGCACCAUAUCGUCUGCUGGGGAAGAUAUCACCGCAAGGGCGCUCCUGGAGGGUCUGCGUGAACGUCAAGGUCACUCGUUGGGGACCGCAUUGCAUCGGAGGUGGGUGCGCCUUCCGCAGGCAUAUCUUUCGUGGAUGUCGCAACGGAUUGCAGAUGUCGUGUUGAGGUGCGUCAUGCCACUUGUUGGGGGCGGCGAAGAGUACAGAAUGGGCAGUGAUAAAGGAAACAAGGUGAGCGAGAGAUAUGACGUCCACGUGAGGUACUUCCCCUCCGUAACACAUGACAGUGACUCACAAAACUUGUUCUGUGCGGAGAUUGUGGUGCGGGAUGUUGAACAAUUGCAGCGUAUAAAUGACUCCGUGUCACUUCUGAGGGCGAAAUAUACCGCCGUGCGUGCCGAGGGCCAAACCCUGCAGAGUUCACUUGCCUUUUGGCGCAGUGUGGCCCUCGAUGGGAGUACCGAUGAACUCGAGGGAGUCAAAGGGGAAUCUUAUGGAUGGGCAGGUGAUGGAAUUAGCGGUCACGCGGCGUUGAAACCUCCAGGUGGAUUGUUUGGUGUUGAGGGUCAUGGGGGUUGGCUGCAGCCCACAAGACGCCAGAUGGGGCGAGGUGCCAAUUCACAGCAAGGACGGGGAGCUGGUAUUAGUAAUUCACACGAGUCACCCGCACAAAGUGCUGCGGGACUUGUGGCAGUGUUUUAUCUGUCUUUUAGUGGUGUGGCUUAUGCAGGGGUUGUCUGUGGUGGUGCGGCUAGAAGAAUAUGCGCAACCGCGUCAAUGACGGGUGCUGCUGGUGCUGAAGGACAUCCAUCUGAGACGGCACCAGAUCGAACUGGUGAGACUGAUGUUACUACUGUUAGUCACAAGGGGGAAGCGGGAGAUGUGGAGCCUGUUUUCUUUCUUCCUUGCUCUUCCGGUUCCAGUUUUGUGAGAGGGUUACUCGGUCUAUAG